AUGACGGGGAUAGCUGCCCUGCUCCUUUCUCCCCUGCCGGGACCUGCCCCGACCUUUGAUCGAGUGUCCCGCCCCUCACAGCCGGACUAUAUAAUGACGGGGCAUAGCAGCCAGGUCAUAGUCGGACGCACUUCUUCGCACGCGACAGACAUGAAGGUUCUCGCUGUUGUUGCACUGGCAGCUGCCGCCGUCGGCCAGCAGUUCCAGCAGCAAAGGCAGUAUGACACUGCCGUCCGCCUUGCCACUCCCGGAUACUUCCAACAGGGCGGAAGCUUCACCUCAGCUUCCUUCCGCAACACCAAUGGCCGACUGCAAGGCGAUUCCUUCCAGAACUCUUUCCAGACUGCCACUUCAGACAGCAACAGCUCCCGUCAGUCUGGACUCUUCCAGAACAGCAACCAGCUCCAAAGGAAUGCUGACGCCAACCGCAACCAGUUCCAAACUACUUCAUUCCAGCAGAGCUCCAUCGACUCGAAUGCCUUCCAGCAGAACAGCAGAAGUUCAUUCCAAAACUCAAACGCUCAGUCUGGCAACAGCUUCUUCCAGUCAGGUUCCAGUCAGUUUGGUUCCGACAACCGAUUCCGGACCAACACUGAUCAGAUCAAUUCCGGAAGCCGAUUCCAGUCUAGCUUCGACAAUCAGAAUUCCAACAACGGAUUCCAGUCAAGCUUCGACAACCAAGAUUCCAACAACCGAUUCCAGUCAAGCUUCAACCAAGAUUCCAACAACCGAUUCCAGUCCACCUUCAACAACCAGGAUUCCAACAACCGAUUCCAGUCAAGUUUCGACAACCAGAAUUCCAACAACCGAUUCCAGUCUACCUUUAACAGCCAAGAUUCCAGCAACCGAUUCCAGUCUACCUUUAACAACCAGGAUUCCAACGACCGAUUCCAGUCCACCUUCGACAACCAGAAUUCCAAUAACCAAUUCCAGUCAACCUUCAACAACCAGAAUUCCAACAACCGAUUCCAGUCCACUUUCAACAACCAAGAUUCCAACAACAGAUUCCAGUCUACCUUCAACAACCAGGAUUCCAGCAACCGUUUCUCUCAGAACUCUCAGGCCACUUCCUUCCUCCGAUCCGGUUCGUCGUUCGAUUCCUCCAGUGACUCCGUCAGCGGAGUCUUCGAGCCUCUCAACCUUCCCUCCGGCGCCAGUGCCUUACUGGGAGGCAUCACCAGCUCCUUCAGCUGCCUCGACCGUCCCUACGGCUACUACGCUGACCAGGACAACUCAUGCCGUGUGUUCCACGUGUGCAACCCGACACUCUUCUCCAACGGCGCCGUCGAAACCUACCAGUACAGCUUCAUGUGCGGCGAGGGUUCCGUGUUCGACCAGAAGGAGCUGACUUGCGUAGCGGAGUCGUCCGCCAUCCCCUGCCUGGAAUCCUCCAACUACUUCUACACCAACGAGCAGUUUGGACGCCCUGAAGAUAAAUCAUUUUAA